AUGAUUAUGGACGGCAUCAGCACCAGUGGCAACCAGACCACAGUCCUGAAUGGUCCAGAGUCGGUGAUGCUCACACCGCACGAUGUCCUGGGGGACUUCGAUGAGAAAUCCAGUGCACACCCGCAAAGCAGUAUGACCACUGGAGUACCCGGCGGGGUCAGGAACAACAACUUUGUCAAGACGGAAGAUUAUAUGACGGAGGACCGUCCUUUUUUGGUUACCAUUGGCAAGGAUGGUUUGAUUGCAGCACUUCAGAAGCUGGACAGGCAGCUGCGGAAUUCUGGACGUGCACACGUCUUGUCAUCGAAGUGCCCGACAGACUGGAUUGGCAAGGAGAUUACGCCCGGGCGGCUCGGGCUCAUCAACCACGGCGGUCUGCCCAAGAUUCUCACGCGCCCGGGGCGCUAUCCAGGCCCGCCGCUGCGAAACUGGUGGGCACGCGAGUGGUGCGGGACGAAGGGCUUGUCGGACACGGUGAUCGAGUUCGAGGGCCUGACCGUCGUGCAGGUGUCACAGAAUCAGGCGGCGGUCGUGUCCGACCCGCAGAACCAGAUAUUCGUAAUCAAAAACUCGGGAUUCGUCGCGUACGCGGUCGAGGGGUCGUACAACGUGUUGUCAAUUGUCGACCAGACGCACCUCCCGUCAGAGAUCAGGGAUGAGACUACAGGCAUCACGCUCGGUUGGAGCCACGAGGUGACAAUGAAGAGCCAGACGAAUAACGGGAAGGAGCGGGACUACGUCGUCGCGCUCUUCUUGAACAUACCCGCGAAUAACUGUGCGGUCCUCCAGAAGGGUGACGACCUCGAGUUGCUCCCCGCAGGACAGCAUUACAUCACGAAUCCGAACGUCACGCUGCGUGGGCUCUUUACCUGCGGCGAGAACCAGCUCGAGAUGCCCACCAAGGACAUCUUCACGAGGGACCAGGUCCCUGUCAACAUGACGUUGUAUCUGAAGUGGCAAGUCAUGGAGCCGUUGAAGCUCACGAUGCACGGCUACAGCACGCCCUUCGAAGCGCUCCGAGACAAAACGCAGUCGAUCCUCACGCAAAUCGUCGCACACCUGGACUACAGCUCCAUGGUGAAGCAGCGCUCGAUCGGCCCGGACAACCUCGACGACGGUACGGACGCAUCGUCUGCGUUCCUCGACGCGCUGCGUACGCGCGCGAUGGAUGAUCUGCAGCUCGCCGCGCUCGAGUACGGGAUCGUGCUGAAGGACCUUGCUGUCAUGGACAGGAAAUUCAAGGGUGAUAUUGCGACAACAAUGGACAAGUUGACCACGCGGGCGCUGCAGGCGCAAGUCGAGGCAGCAAAUGUGGACAGGGAAAACAGCAACAAGAUCAAGCAAGAAGAGGGUGCCCUCGCAGUCGCGCGCGUCAAAGCCCAAGCCCAAAACACGAUCUCCGACUCUGAAGCCUACAGCGUUAUCGCAGCGGCCAAGGCCGAGGCACAGAGGGUGCAGAUCGAGGCCGAGGCGCAGGCGCACGCAACGCGGCUCGCCGCCCAGGCGGAAGCGGAGGCAACGCGCCUGCGUGCCGCGGCGGACGCGGCGGUGCUCGACCAAUUUGCGCGCGAGAUGGGGCUGCGCAGGCUCGACGUCGCGCGCGUGGCAGCGUUUGGAGACCGCACCGUGUUUGUGCCCACUGAGGGCAUGGGCGCGCAGAUGGGCGGCGCGUUGGCGGCGGGCAUGGCGGCGUGCAUGGGUGCAGAGGCCAAGCGGUAG